UUCCUGUGUCGUAUCGUAUUAUUUUACAGGAGACGAUAAUGUUGUUCGUGUUGAAGUCUUCAGCGCGCAGGUUCAGUGCAGGUCAUAAACAGCAGGCGGUUCUAAGAAUUUCGGAGCUUCGGCCAUAUCAAACGCCCCCUGCUGUCGGCACCCGGCAUUUGUACUGGAUGUUACCGUAAUGUUUUGAAAAUGGAAGAGUAACAAAACGUGAAAUGUAAAGUUGGUGUUUAUCGUGCAUUAUUCUUCGAAUAUUUGCAUGUCAUGAUGAAGAGGAUAUGUGAAUAGGAAUAACCAUGUCAUUUUCAAGAGACAACAAGCCAGCAGAGUGGAUGCAUGCUGAGCUAAAGCGUUUUAAACAGCAGCUCCCGAUUGAGAAAGGGAAAAAUCGUGUCACAGAGAAAACAUCGACCCUUGUUCGAAACGGCUUGAUUGAAUUGGCGCAUAAUCAAUUUAACUUGGUAGUCACCACUUUAGUACAAUACAUAAAAGAUAUAGCAAGUGUUAAUUUACUGAGUGCUGAAUUACAACUUCUUGCCGUGCAAUCUAACCUAAUUGUGUUGGCAACAAUUGAAAGAUGUUUCGAACAACAUGAUGAAGAAAGCUCAACAUUGUCUGAUGAUAUUGUCAAAAAACAGUUACUUGGUACUCUUUGUCCUUUGAUUGUACAUCCAGAUGCCUCUAAUGAUUUAUAUGUCAAAGGUUCUAAAGUUGCUGGCCGAAUUAUAUACCGGAUUAGUAAACACCAUUUUUCUGCAGUUUUUCUUCGUAUAUCACGAAGAUUGAUGACUCUAGUUGAUAAUAAUGAAGACAGCAUGGGCCCAGAUGAUCUAGAGCUCAUUCGUUAUGUACAUGUACCAGUAGAUGGACUCAUUGUUCUUUUUCAAGAUUGUAGCAAACAUUUUAAGAAUCUGAAAAAAUAUUCUCAACAAGUUCUGUUAAAAGGUCUUAGUAAGUCCAUAUGGAAUUGGAUUGAAUCAUAUCCCGAACAAUUUACUCAUCUUUAUAAAGAAACUAAUACAUUGCUUUCAGGUAUUUCAGUGUGUUCAUCAUAUUGUUUUUCUUGUGGUCUGUCUUUUUGCAGGGGCUUUUUGUGUUUGUUUGUUUAUUUUAUUUUUAAUUGUUUUUUUCGUUUCGUUUACCUAAUUUUAGAAUUGAGUGAAAAACUAUUCACCUUAACAGACCAAUGGUCAGAAAACACAAGGAAGAAGGCUAUCUCAUGGCCACUACAAAUUUUGCUGCUGUUACUUUCACCUGAAUCUAUACAAGAAGCUUCAGGAAGUGGGGAGUUGUCAAAAGGUGCAAUAUAUGUAAAGCGUCAAUUUCUGGAAAAUUUAAAAAAGAACUUAUCUGGCAGUCGCUCAUCAUCAGAACAUGCAUUACUAGCCUGUGUCCAUUUAUGUAAAGCUUCCACAUUUAUCAACAGAGAAGACAAUAUAGUGUGCUUCUUAGUCUCACAAGUCAUGAAUGAACUUAAAGCUAUGCUCUUUACCGCCGAAAAACCCUUUGUUAGUACAACUGGACUGCAUGUUAGUGAUUUAAUGGUUGAUCUCUAUGUAGCAAGUUUUCGUAUAAAUUAUCGAAACAGUCAACAUUUUGAAGUCUGUUUUCAACCAGAUUCUGAUCCUGUUUUUCAAACUGCACUUGUGAAAGGAUUACACCAAAUAGUAAAAGAAACUCCUUUAAAAUGGUGGCCAAAUGCCAGCGUUGUUUAUAGUAAAUCACAACAAGUUCGACAUAUGUUUCAGCAAUGUAUUAGACGUAUGACUUCAUAUGAUCCUCACCUACCUAAGGUCGGUCCUCAUCGUAGUUCAUUGAGUAAAGUUGGUAGCAUAGCCAAUCGUAAAAAAGAUGAUCCAACAAUACCAUUUGAGAAAGAAGCCGAGCUUUUGUUGUGGCUUGUCAAAUUAUUUCAUGCUGACCCUCACUUAGCCCUAAAUCACUCAGCUAAGUGUGCUGCUGAAAUUCAAGCUAGUUCAAUGCAGUUUAUGAAUGGUCUAGUAAUAAUAAUGAUGUUUACAAAUGUCCCAGAUGUCUCCGCGCAAGUCUCAGAGACAUUACUUGGUCUCCAUUCACCUGAAAAUAUUGAACUGUGGAAUCCAGAAGCACCCAUGGCUACCUUCUGGGAAAUCAGCUCACAAAUUGUCUAUAAUGUUGCUGAUCGAUUGCUAAGUGAGCGUAUUCCCAAUCAACUUAAAGCUAUGCGCUGGUUACAGAAAAUUUUAAAAUGUCGAAUUCAGUUUAUUGAAAAGAACAGAAAUGAAGCAUUGAUUGGAACUCAUAAUUCAAUAUGUUCAGAAGCUUUAUCUCGACUAGAGAUGGUAUUUUUGACAUCAUUAUGGAGCUCUGAUAUUGAUAAAGUUCUACUUGCUAUGAAAUGUUUUGGUUUGCUUUUUGAAGAAGCGUGUUUGUUGGUAACAGAUAGGCCCAGUCCUAUCCACCCUUCACCAUUGAUGACUGUGUAUUAUAAGUUUGCCAAUGAAGUCCAAAAGACAGGUCGUACAGCACUACACAAAUGCAUAUUGUCCAUACUAAGAGAAGUAAAUGUGAAAACACCCGGGAAUAUAAGGGCCUGGGAACUAACGUUAAACCGAUGGCAAAGAAUGACGCAUGCUUUAACAAACUAUCCUAGAGAAGAACUACUUGUCUAUGAUGUACCCCCUGUAUUCUCUUCAAAUUCAUCUUCCAAGCAGAAAAAUGUUUCUUCACCUGUAGUCAUGGUGUCUGAUGAUGCAUUGGAGAUAUAUAUCUCGGAAUGGAGUAAAAUGACUGGUUUUUUGUGCUCACUCGGUGGAAUUUGUUGCUGGAAAAAAAAUAACUUAAAUAAAGGUGAUCAACUAUCAAGACAAAAUUCUAAAUCCACUUUGGAAGACUCCCAUGUAAAUAGGUUUAUAAGUGAAUUGUUAACAUUAUUAGUAUGCGUAAAUGAGCAUACAUCAUUACAAAUUAUCAGCGCUGUAAAAGAAUCUCUUGGAUUCGAUCUCAGCAUUCCACUGUAUCCAUCUUUCUUCGCAUUAUGUAAAGCAACAACAUCUUGUUUCUUUGAUGAAAAUGGCCAGGUACGGCAAGACUCUUCAAGUACGUUAUAUGUAGAACAAUUGAUUUAUGUGAUCAGAUGCAUACUUGAAAACAAAUCAGAUGAAGUAGCUAGCGUAUUGGUUUCUUUUGAUGUGGAAGAUGUUUUAUUAGCCAUGUUAAAGUACAUCAGAAGUUUAAAUGUAACCGUACAAUCUUUGGUGAUUAAAUCUAAAAUGUGUCAGUUAGUUGAACAGUUAAUGCUGCGGCGAGCUGAUCUAUCUUUUCGUCAAGAAAUAAAAUUUCGUAAUGGUUUGGUUGAAUAUCUAACAGACUGGGUACUUCAUGCAUCUGACAAAAUACAGAAUGUAUCAAAAGAAAUUCUUGCCAUAUCGUGUUCAUUGGAUGAAUCGGCAAUGCGAGCUAUUGCAAUUUUGUUAAAAGGUCUGCCGUUACAGCCUGAUGAUGUAGAACAAGAAUUAACAGAAGCAAAAUCACAACUAUUUUUAAAGCAUUUCACCCUCUUCAUGAAUAUAUUAAAUAAGUGUUAUGAUGCUGCUGAGGAAAAGCAAAAUUCCAGUUUAAAAGGCUCACUUGCACCACACUUUGUAAAACUAAGAGAGAGCACAGUUCGAGCAAUGUCCAAUAUGCUAAGUGCAAAUAUUGAUAGCGGCUUAAUGCAUUCCAUCAGUUUGGGCUACCAUGAAGAUCCGCAGACAAGAGCAACUUUUCUGGAAGUGCUCACCGAUAUUUUGAAGCAGGGUACCGAAUUUGAAAGUCUAGCUGAGACAGUAUUAGAGGAUCGUUUUGAACGAAUGCUGCGUUUACUUGUAAAUUAUGGUGAAAAUCAAGAGUUACCUAUCGUUAUGGCUUUAUGCAAUUCUGUUAGCUGUGAUGACAUGGAUGAAGUUGCUCGAGUGCUUGUUAAUAUAUUCGAUUCAAAAGGAUCACUGCAUGUUCUCCUUUGGAAUUUAUUCAAGGACGAGGUUGAUCGAGCUGAAGGACACCAAACAUUAUUUCGUGGUAACACAAUAGCUAGUAAAGCUAUGACCUACUCAUUUAAAAUAUAUGGCAAUGGGUACUUACAUUUACUGUUGCAUCCGAUAAUAAGUGAAAUGACAAAGCAAUGUAGUAAAUCAUAUGAGGUUGAUUCGGCAAGACUUCAACCUGGUGAAAACAAAGCAGACAACAGUCAGAAUGUGAUUGAGUUAGCAAAUAAACUAAUGGAUAAAGUUAAAGCGCUUCGAGAAAGUUUUCCGUCACAGCUUAGAAGUCUAUGUUACAGUUUAAACAAGGCUGUGCAAAGGCGGUUCCAAUCAUCAUCAUAUGAUGCUGUAUCAAGUGCUGUCUUUCUCAGAUUCAUCAACCCAGCAAUAGUGUCUCCACAUUCCCAUGGUAUUGUCACUGAGGAAGUACAUCCCAAUGUGAGGAGAGGACUUAUGUUGCUAUCUAAGAUUCUACAGAACCUGGCCAACCAUUUACAUUUUACAAAAGAAGCCCACAUGGAGAUAUUUAAUGGUUUCUUGGAAAACAAUUUCCACAGAAUUCAUAGUUACUUUCGUGAAAUCUCUUCCAAACCUGAAAUAAUCAUCAAGGAGAAAGAAGAGAAUCUUCCGAUAACAUUCACUGGCGACAGCAAUGUUCGAAGUAUUCACAAAUUGUUAUGGGAAUCUCAGGAAACUAUGGCAAAAUUUCUGAUCAUGGAAAGGGAUUCUGGUAUGAUUGGUCGAGAUCCAUUUGAAAAAUUAGUGACGCUGCUAGCGCACCUAGGACCUCCUGAAAAUCAACCUCUACAGUUGACCGACAGAAUAAUAAGAGACCGUGCAAACAGUAUUGGUUGGAGGUUUGAAGAUUUCAUGGCGAAGCAAUCAGGUCAAAAUCAAGAUGAAUUAGAGCAAUUAAAAUCAAAGCAAUUAUUUUAUGGAGAUGGAAAAUCUAAAACUGGAAGGCCUGUGUUUUACUAUAUUGCUCGCAGAUAUUUUAAAGACGAAAUCAGUGAUGACUUACUGUUAUACCAUAUUCUGUUGACUCUUCAACCAAAAUAUGGACAACCUUGGGACUUGGUUGUAGAUUUUACACAUACAUGUCCAGAAAAUAGAUUCAAGAUUGAAACGUUAGCAAGAGCUUUUGUUAUUCUACCUGAAAUGCAAUUAAAAACAUUAAACACAAUCUUAUUCUACAACAUGAACAGUUCAAUUCGACAGUAUGUGGAGUUAACUGAAAGAAUAAUGAGGCCAUUAAAGAACCACCCUGGUGUUGUUAUUAUUGAUAAAUUUCCAAAGUUUUACGAAUAUAUACUUCCCGACGAGUUGAAGCUUCCAAGCAGUACAACAUCACUGGAGAAAGAUACCAAAGUGUAUUCUGCUUCAAAGAUAUCCACAAAAGGAACUGUUUAUAUCAAGGUUGGACCUAGCUCUGUCCAACUACAGCAGGCUGAAAAAGUUAAAAUUCUUGGGUUUUCCUGCACUGUUAACGAUGUGUUUUAUGCGUCAGAAAUUAAACGGGCUAGCAGUGUUGAUGAAAUCAUAGAAAUGGAAUUUACAACCAGAAGAAACAGCAUCAAGUUAUUCACGACACAAGCAGAAGAAAUUGCAAACUCUAUGCGACAUAUUCAAUCAAGAUGGAGGUUGUCACAGCCAAAUAAAAACACAACGGUGAAUAACAAAAAGUUGAGACCAAAGGAUGUUCCUGGAACUUUGUUGAAUAUGUCUUUGCUUAAUCUGGGAAACAGAGACCCCAGUUUACGUCUUGCUGCCUACAACCUAUUGUGUGCAUUAACGGCUACCUUUGGUUUACAAAUUAACGAACGAUUGUUAGAAGCGAAUGGUAUCUGUAUUCCAGCCAACUGUACGUUAUUUAUACAAGGUAUCAGUGAACAGCUUGCACAGAGAGAACCCAAUCUUACGUUAGAGUUUUUGGAUGAAUGCAUAAGCUGCUUUGGCAAGUCUGAUGAUGAGUCUAGAAAUCUAUGUUUAAACUACAUGGCACCAUGGUUGCCAAAUUUAUCCAGGUUCUCUGGAUGUGACAAAAGCGAUCAAAAUAAAAUAAAAAUGAUAGACAUAAUAGAAAAGCUAAUCAAACUGACCAUUAUGAACAGACAAAAUUAUCCGUUCAUUCAAGCUUCAGUAUGGAGAAAGAUAGGGAAUAUACCUGAUCUAUUAGACGUUGUUAUUGAUCUUUUCAUGAAGACGAGUUCAGCCGGUGGUUUUGGAUCGGAGAAAGCUGAAGUAAUGGCGGACACUACUGUGACGCUAGCUUCAGCUAAUGUUCCUCUUGUGUCGAAAAAAAUAUUAGAAAGAUUUCACACUGUAACUGCUCGAACAAAUGUAUCGCCAACAAAAAUAUUAGAACGGCACUUAAUGUGGGAUGAUAUUGCAAUAUUGGCGCGCUAUUUACUUAUGCUGUCUUUCAACGACUCCUUAGAUGUUUCCACUCACUUACCUGAUAUUUUCCAUAUUGUCACAUUACUGGUAUCGACUGGUCCUGUUUCGUUACGCGCCUCGAUACACGGACUUGUGAUCAACUCUCUACAAUCAAUACUCACAUGUUCGGAUAUGCUGUUAAGUGACAAAACACAGUUGUUAAUAAGAACUAAGCUUGAAGAUUUAUCCUUACAGAAGUUCUAUUUAUUAUUCGGCAUUUCAAGUGUAAAGUCAGCUCCGAUCAAAGCUUUUCUUAGUAAUAAAAAUCGCUCAAGGACGUUUAAUUCGAAAUCAAAAGAUGGCGACAACACAAUCUCGUUGUAUUCGCUCGAAGUUAUCACCGAUAGUUUGCUGGACGUUCUUGAGGCUUGCAUGAGUGAUAUUAAAGACAAGGUCUUCCUUAAAAGAUGGCAAAAACUUUGCUCAGGUUAUGCAUUCACGUAUAACCCGGCCAUUCAACCGCGUUGCAUUGUGGUUAUGGGAUGUAUCUGUAGAGAUGUUAGUGAAAAAGAUGUUAGUCACGUUUUAGAGGUGUUGGCAAAGGCUAGUGGCUAUUAUUUGGACCAUAACUUAAUGGAAUCUUGUAUUAUGUGUUUGGCAAAAUACCAAUCUAUGUUACAAAAAGAAUCACGCUUCCACGAUGUGCUCUUUUGGGUAUCAAUUGGCAUUCUACAGAUGGGUGAACAAAACUUGUAUCCUGCUGCGUUGUGUUUGUUAGAAGAGAAUCUGCGAGUGUGUCAUAGUUUUGAGUUGUUCUCUGGCCAGGGAAUACAUGAAAGGAUGAUGCGACAUCGUAACCACACAGCAUUUCAUUGGAUAUUUAAACAGCUUGAUCAUAUGACAGGAUUGAAUUUUACCAUCGAUUUCCAUUUUGCAUUAACUGCAUUACUUUUGAAAGGUCUUCGUCAUCCAUCUGCAAAAACAAAAUCAUCUGCUUUGAGAAUAUUUAACAUGCUGUUAACUAUAUGUAGCUGUGCAGAAACAUUAGGCACUAAAGAGAACUUUGAUGUCAAUAAAAACACUGUGGCUUAUCUCGCAGCUUUAAUCCCGGGUAGUGAAGAAAUACAAGCCAAACUGAACAACCAACAACCAGUGUAUAGCCAAACAUUAACACUAAAGAGAGCAAAAUCAAAGAAGAUAUAUACCACGGAUGAUAAGAAAACAUCCCGCAGUCCGUCUGUAAUUAUAACUGUAUCGUCUACAGACACGCCAGAUGAUUUGGUGCAAGCUAAGAGAAGAUAUCAGUGGGAAUCUGGUCUGUAUAAUUUGUUGUUGGAUCCGCAAGUUUUGAAUAAUGAAAGAUCACAAAUAUUGUUGAUCGUGUUGUUGGCCACAAUAGUUGAUCAUACGAUGGAUGAUUUUGAAGCAAAAACAUUAUAUGAAGUGUUGGCAGAAGCGAGUAUUUUGUACCCAGAGGUGUUUCCAAUAGUAUUUUCUAUAUUAAAUCGAAAGUUGUCUAAUGUUAUAAGUCACUCCGAUGACGCAGAUACUCUCAAAGCUGCUCAAACUAUCGUGCACUCCACAUCUUCCAUACCGACGGACAAGCCGGCCCUAAAACUACAAUAUUUAACUGGUAUUGGGUUUCAUGGACUUCACUCGUUUCCAGGACCUUUUGUAGAGUCUUCCGAUCCAUCUGUUGCGCCGCAAAUGCUGGCUCGAUACAUCGACGCUGUUUUAAAUAAGCACUCCACCACCGUUUUAUCAACAGAAGGACGCUCCAGCUCCGGUCAAAUCUUUAAAGCUCCCUCCUCCGUAGAUGAUGUGGUUAUUUGUAGUUCGUCUGCCUCACUGAAUGCGAUAUCUGGUCCAGAUCAAACAAAUAACUCUACAGGGAGCAUAUUCUCUGUGUUCAAACGUGUCGGUUCUUACUCUCCGGCACGGAGGCAACGUAAAAAUGAAAAUAAGUCAAUAAAGGAAAAAUGAAUGUUGUCUCGGUUCAAUCUGUUGUAAAAAUUUUCUGGUGGCGGGUAGGGAGGGAAAUAUUUUUUUAUUUUUACAUACGAUCUAUUUUUUUCCAUUGUCUAUUGUUCAUAUGAGUCUCUGAUGAGUGAAAUGGUCUUGUUGCUUUUAAAAUACUUUGAAUAAACGAGGCACAUAAAAUCAUUUUGCCUCGCUUUUAACUCUUUCCUUCCUUUGUAUGUGACUAUUAGAAUGAAUGAAUGAAUGAAUGAAUGAAUAAGUGAAUGAAGUGAAUUGUUUGAAUGUUUGCAUUGAAACUUUUUACAUAGAAUCUCAUCGAUAUAAUCUUCGUAAUAUUUGACAUAAUAUCAACUGGAAAAUAUGUAUAUAACAUGAAUUAUCAUAAAUUAGUAUAAAUUAGACUUCUAACAACGAAUAUGACCAUAUAUGGCAAAAUUUAAUUGUGAAUAGUUGCGUUAAAGACCAUAUUUUUACACGUGACCUAGAAUAGGAUUGAGGUUUGAUAACGUGAUCUUUGUUUACGUCACGUGACUUGUAUGUAUUCUUAUAUACGAUUUUUUUAUAUUUGUGUGGCAUAUAAUAUGAAACAACAUCGUUGGAUAUUUAAAUGAGUUUAACUUGUAAUUGUUGUUGCCGCUACAAGAAGUCAUCGCGAAAUCUUAUGUGCACAUAUCAAAAGAAUUUUUCUGCAAAAACUGCUUUUUUUUCGGUGUUGGUGCGUUUUGUAUUUCAAAACUUGAUUUCGAAACAGUAGUAACAUUUUCAUUCAGUAGCCAAUUGUAGAUGUGCAUACAAGCAAUGACUACUAUACCAUAGUGGUUCAUUUUUCUAAUUUCAUAUGAAUUCUUUUAUACUGUAUUUUGUUAAAGCUUUUUUUAAUUUUUAAAGCUCUGUUUACAAGAGUGUAUCUUUUGUAUCUCAAGCUAUUACACCGUCUUUACACCAUACCAUUUUCCUACAUUUUCCAAAUUAACUUUUUUAUUAUCAGAAGCGUAUUUAUACUUAUUUUUAAAUUUAAAACAUAACUUCAUAAUUCAA